GCGGGCGCUGCGGGUUCCGCCGCAGCCGCCGGGCGGUCGGAGGGGCGGGCAGCGCCUCCGCAUUGUGCGGCCGUGCCUCCCUUUCGCCCAGCGCCGCGGAGCAGCCGCCAGCCGGACCCUCCGCGCAAGGAGGAUCUGCAUUGACGUCAUAAUGACACGGUGAGGCUGAAGACAGGAGCCGGGAACAGUUCUGCUUUGCUUUUGAUAGUCAAGUGAAUCUGUCGCCACUCCAUUCCUUCCAGCAUGGCUAAAAGCGCAGAAGUGAAGCUGGCGAUCUUUGGUCGAGCUGGUGUGGGCAAGUCAGCUCUUGUUGUACGCUUCCUGACCAAGCGGUUCAUCUGGGAGUAUGACCCAACACUAGAGUCUACCUAUCGUCAUCAAGCUACCAUUGAUGAUGAAGUGGUUUCCAUGGAGAUACUAGAUACAGCUGGUCAGGAGGAUGCUAUUCAGAAAGAAGGACAUGUGCGAUGGGGUGAAGGCUUCGUGCUGGUUUACGACAUCACAGACAGAGGCAGCUUUGAGGAAGUGCUGCCACUUAAGAAUUUGUUGGAUGAAGUUAAAAAACCGAAAAAUGUCACCCUUAUCCUGGUGGGGAACAAAGCAGACUUGGAUCACUCCAGGCAAGUCAGCACGGAGGAAGGUGAAAAGCUGGCCACAGAACUAGCAUGUGCUUUUUAUGAGUGCUCUGCUUGCACAGGAGAGGGCAACAUUAUGGAGGCCUUCUAUGAGCUCUGUCGUGAGGUUCGGCGUCGAAAGAUGGUCCAGGGCAAGACUCGGAGACGAAGCUCCACCACCCAUGUCAAGCAGGCCAUUAAUAAGAUGCUUACCAAAAUCAGCAGCUAAAAAGAGCUGUACUAAGCCACAGAAGCAUUUUAUAGCAUAUUAGUUUGGAUUAGGGAUGAGGCAGGCAGAGCACAUUUAAUUGAAAAUGGUCAAAGCUUUGCAAUUAAAAAAUAGAAAAGACAAACCACACUACUUUUUUGAGUAACUUGGGGUCAGACUUUUUUUCCUGUUUUGAGAUGUAUUUAGCCACACUACUUCUGGCUAACAUGGAAAAAAAAAAAGAGGGGGGAAAAAAAAAGCAAACUCCAAAGGACUAGAUGAUUGUGGGGACUGGCAUUGACAGAUUGUCUUCUCCUUCUACAAGGCUGGUUCCAGUACCCUGCAAGUCAGUAGUGCCUAAACAUCGUUUCCAGCCAGCCAUCCACUCAGUAGCCACUGGAGAGUAAGAUUCUGUCCUCAGUCCAUCAAUGACCAUCACAACCGCUGUUCUCAAGGACUGAAUACAUGUGGAGGCUGCUGUGUUUUACCAGAAAGUUCAUGUGACACCUUUCACCAGCUCUAAAUUGAUGCAUCGUGUGCUUUUACUCCAAACUGUCCUUCCUUGUUAUUUUCUCCAAAUCUAUGAGUGAUGAUGUUCUUUGCAAAGUGUGCAAAAAAUAUAGGAAAGACCUUUUUCAUGGGGUCUUUAGUCAGCAAGACACACAUUUCAACAGAGCUGAAGUUCAGCUGCUUUUCCAGAUCCUCUGAAACUGCACAAUUCAUCAUGAAAUAAUCAGCUAGUCCAGUGGCAUUUCAGCAUUUCCCCCUUGAAGUACAGUACUGUACCUGGUGAAAUGGGAUUGUAUGUGUUGGGAAAUCACAAGAAUAACCAUAUUACUAUUGAUUUAGUUAUGGGUAGGUUUUAGCUUUUGUUUUUAUUUUUGGUUUGGUCUUCUUUCAAUUCAAGUAGUUGCUCUUAUUCAUUUUUCCACUAAAGAAGAACUGAAUCCACAGUAAGGCAAGUAUUUAAAGCCAAAACUCAAAUGCAAAUCAGAUAUGCAUGGCCUCUACCAUAUCAAAAGGCCAUAAUUUCCAGCUGUUUAAACUUCCAGAUAUUACUUGAAGCACUCUGUGGUUUAAAUGAGAACAGGGGUUUUGUGCCUCUAUCUGACAUGUUCAAUUGAAUGUGCAUUUUUGUCGGAUUUUUGUGCCUGGGAUAAAAAGUUUUCAGUCCUCUCUUCUCCUCCCUGAUGCAUCAUAUUUAAGCCAGCAGUCAAGUUUUCCUUGUUACUUGGCAUGUUAACUGUAUGCUAAGAGAUGCAGGAACCAAGACUGAAAGACUUCCAUUGAGGUUGUGCUCAUCUCCCACCAGUUGUGUUGUAUCCCUUUAGGCAGUGUGGUGUGCCACUCAGACUGGCAUCAUCAGAACCACAGCCAAAGGCUGGGGGGACAAAUGGGAAUAUUAGCAGUAUUCUCCUUUGAGGAAAAGCCCUCCUGUAGCAACUACUUACAGCUUUAUUCUCCGCUGCUUUGUACUUCAUAUGGUUGUUUGCCUCUGUGAGGAAGUAGCACCAAAAGGCUAUCAAACGCAAAUUACCACAGCUGUAGGAGGAUGAGGAUGUUUUAUUUUGUUGGAUUGCACUUUGUGCAGUUAUAGGUAGCCAUAUAAGAGGUGGAACUGGCUGGAGAAUCAAGCCUGUAUAUCCCUGUGUACAGAGAAGAAUCCCAGGUUAGGACUUUUCAAAAGGAUUCACUUGAAGAUACUUUGCCAAAGUAAAUUUUUUUUAAGCAUUCUCUCACCCAUAUCUUUUAUCCAACCAGCAUCGAAGAACAUCACAUUCAGUUGUAUUUUAUUUAUACUGUUAUUUAUUUUCUCUGUUUCCCCCAUUCUAGACAGUGAAAGUUCAUUCCACUCUUCUGAAAUCAAUAUCUAUAUUUUGAUCUUCAUAUUCAAGAAUGUUGCUGUACACCAGCAGCGUACUGCAAUGGAAACUUCACCAUGUGCUUCUGGGCAGAAGGUUCUUGCAACAGGUGAUGUCACUAUCCCCAUGACACACCUGUUCCUAAACUAUUGGUCAUAUCUCUAACUUUUGUUUAAAAAAAAUUUGCCAUUUCCAGUCCUAUUGGUAAUGCAAAAUCAAUGCAAGUGUAAAAGAAGCAGCUGGUGCCUGUUCACGCACCAGUAGUCAUUACCUGAAAGUCUGAACUUGCAAACAUCUAUUAGGAACUCAAGUGAGCAUUUCACAAAGUGUUGUUUUCCAGAUCAGUGCCGUUGCUUGAAUCUGAAGUAAACAAAAUCCUUACCUGCAAUCCCAUGGCAACAUAGCUGACGAGGAAAGUCAUUAUGUUGGUAUUCUAAGCAAUUGAUUUAUUCCUCACUAAGACAAUUUCAACAGUUCUUUUCCCUGAAAACCUUUCUUAGGUUUCAGAGUAAAGCUGCAUUUAAAAUACGAAAAGUUAAUAUAUGCAUUACAAGAGAAAAUAAAUUAAUCAUAUUAAUAUUGGGAGGGUUGAAAGGAGGGACAGGCUGCUACGGUCCUAACACUUUGCGAAAGAAUCCCAGCAAAUUAUAUCUUCUUUUAUAAUGUCUGUAUGGAGAAGUCAUAAAAUUCUGGUGAAAGAAAAUGUUCCACUGUGCAAACAUGACUUGUUACAUAAAAAAACCUCUAAUAAAAAUAGUAGCAUUCCUUUUCAAAGACUGAAUUUGGAAACCGCUGAACAUGAUAAACACUCGGUCAAAAAGGAGGCUGCUCUUCUGUGACCUUUCCUCCCACACAAACACAAAUUUCUUUACUUAACUGCUCAUUAAUUUUUUUUCCUCUGUGUAAUGGGCUGCUUGUCAAGCCAGUUACAGUAUAUUAUAAUCUGUUGAUACAUAUUAUGUAGUAUUAAAUACAAUCUGGUAUAGUGUUGCUCACAAUGUUGCAACAUAUUAUUGGCUAUGCUAUAAAUGUGUCAUAUUUCCACAAUGUGUAAAUUGAGCCAAAAAAAGUGCCCAAGCAUUGAAAAGGCCAAAUGCAACAUGAGCCCACAUUUGGUCGCCUUUCUGCAGCAGACAUCAACAGUUUACAUUCUGUUCCAGCUGCUGCUAUUUAAAUGUACAUAUAUGACACUAACAUUAAAUUCCUCUCCUCAGCCUAUUAUCGUUUCUCAGGAGAGAGGAAGGGAAGGAUGAUAAACAAAAGGUGGAGGAAAGGUGAAAUGGAUACUUGUUACCUACAACAAGUUGAUUGUCAUUUAUGAAGUUUUUAAAUAUUUAUCUUCAAUUGAUGAAGAGUUAGUCAUGCCCAUGCUGCAAGACCUGGAUCAGGAACCAAGACUUCCCUAGAACUUUGAGAAUCUUUGUAUCUGGGGGUUCGGUGCAACCAUGGAUGGAAGUGAGAACCAGCCGCUGGGUUUGCACCUGGAUCCAGACAAGUUGUCCCCAAACCUGGGGACAGUUGCAUCUGGCAGUUUGCUACUAGGCUAGUUGAUUUUUAUAUAUAUAAUGAUCUGUAUGCAUUUUUACAUUAAAAAUAUUAAAGCUUGUGCUUGCAGAUAAUAUAUAAGAAAAAAAAUAAAAAGAAAAAUUACAAAACAGUGCUCUCUGUACUGAAUUCUUAUGCGGUGAUCUUCGAUUAGUUAUCUCCAAAGUGUUGUCUUCCAGCUUUUAAGGGCCUAGUUCAAGAAGUCCUGAUUCAGAUUUUAUUUAAUCUUUAUCUAAGGGAAACAAGGAAUUUUGCCUGAAUAAGGACUUCAGGCAAUAACAAUGACCUCAGUGAAACCCACCACCUAAACUUUGUCAUGCCAAAUAAAUAACAUGGGUCUCGAUCCCAAGCUUCUCAGGUAUUAUUCUGGGCUAAGAGGUGUAGGAGAUUUAUGGACAGAGACAAAUUUUCACCUGCUACCAGCUAUGCCCAUUUUCCAAGGAUGAUGGCACUGUUGUUCUGAAGAGAAGGUGCAUUACAUGUUUGUAAGGUGUAUAGUAUCAGUGGUAUAGAAUCCCACAUACUGUGAGUAUUCAGCUGUAGCAGAGGAAGCCUCAUUGCAGAAGAGGGGAAGCAGCUGUAAUCUACUCUCUUGUUUUCCUCCAAACCUGGAUCAACCAAGAAACCCAAAGCAUGAUCAUAAACAGCUGAAUGGCAACGGGGCUAUAAGAAUGCCACCCCUGGCAUAACACUGCAUGAAGUCUGGGUGCAUAACCUAUGUUAUGAGGAGAAGCCUGCCAAAAUUAGGUAAAGCAUGCUUCCAGUCACUGUCUGCCUCUUUCAUUGCAAAGCAGCCUUGAGUUACAUCAAGGUGCAUUGUAACUUAUUCCUGUCAAAGUAACAUUUCCUGGGAAAGAA